AAAAGAACAAAGGGAGAGAGCAAUUCCUUAAAGUACUGGAAAUAUUAAACAGCAGGGAACAAUAUUCUACCAAUAGAAUUAACUAAAAAGCUAUUUGUAAUCGAUAAAAACAUUUAUACAGCACAGCGAUUAUUUUAAAAAAUAAAUACUGUAUGCCUUUCCAACAUAGAAGUAGCUCACCAACACAAAUUCCUACAGACCAACAAAGCCCAGUACACUAGAAGAGUGGACUAGCUGUAGGAUAACAUAGAAAAAUGAAUCGAAAGGUCAUGGGAUGUCACAAAUUAUGCAAAAUAAGCCACUUAAAACACUCUGUGCAUAUAGAACUCAACAUUAUGACAGAAUUUGCCUUAGGCUCACAGUUGGGGGAAUUCUGUUAUAGAAUAACAAUCUCUGGGCAAAAAAAAUACACUUGAAAUAUUCAAUUAGAAUAUAAAUUUAAAAAAUUUUAAAUACAUCAAUAAACUGAUCAUAAAAUUUGAAUUUGAAUAGAGACCUAGACAACUACCAAAUAAUAAAACUAAAAAGGGUUUAGAAUAGACAAACAGAACAUGGUCAAAAAUGGAAGCUAAGAAAUAAAUAUAUUAAUCAUUCAUAAAUCCAUUUAUAUUGGCCUAUUAUAUCCAAUACAAUGCCAAGAAAAAUAUUGGAAGAACUUCACAAUGUGAUCCUAACGUUCGUUCAAAAGAGGUGGAGAAGGCACAACAAUGUGUUAUACCUCCAUCUCCCUGAUCUGCUUUCUCUACGACAACUUCAUGCUCCAGCAACCUCAGCCCACAUGGAACCACAACACCCAGAGCUCCAAACUUAGAGCCCUCAAUCUAAACCAACAUGGAAUCCCUACUUUGCAGUAUUUGUAUCAGCUCAUUUAAAAGGUCCCUGCUAAGUUGGGUGCUCUGAUUGCCCAGCUUAGCCUGUGCCUGUCCCUGUGACUGGGAGUCUUGACUACCAGCAGAGCAGGGCCAGGAGGAGCAAUUCCUAGGGGGAAAUCAUGGUGGGCACACAAACAGGAACAUUUGUGCACAGCCAUUUCCUGCUACUAACUCUGCUCUCUGGAAUCUAAGGCUGAAGAGUUUCUGCGGAUGUACUUCAGCUCCAAGCAGUCUAAUAUUAAUGCAAUUCUAAAGACAGAUGAGGCUCUCACAAACAAGGAAAGGGAGACUGAAGGUUCAGUAUUUCUUUACCUCUUAGGUAAAGAAACAGCAACAGCUACUCAAAGAGGAUUCAAAGAAGAGAACCGAACACUUCAGGAAGAUAUCAAGAAUGUGGAAAUUAGAUACAAAGAAACAAUGGAAGAGGCAAAAACUAAAUCUGCACAGCAUAUAACCAAAAUGGUGGAGGAAGUGGAAAGGAAGUUUGAGCAGACGACAGAAUAGAAAGAGAGGAGCUGUCAGGAACAUGUGAGACAACUGACUGAAAUGAUGGAGAUGGACACAGCCCAGUUGCUGGCAGAGCAUGAGGGGACUACAGCUCGUCAAAUUGAGAGCUUGCUACUUCUGAUUAUUUGGUCACUGACGGAAAUCCAGAUACUCUCACAACAUUGAGGGGUGAAAUAAAAGUCUAGGAAUCCAGUGAGAGACAACAAGUGCUAGAAAUCACUCCCCCUGAACUGAGAAAAGAAAACAGUCAAGGGAACGCCCUGGACAUGGCUUCAGCAAGCCACAUGCUAGGCCCAGUGUGUCUCAUUGAGAACACUAAAGGGCAACUGGUAGCUAAUCCGGAAGCUUUGAAGACCCUGUCUGCCAUUACCCAGCCUGUGGUGGUGGUGGCUAUCGUGGGCCUCUCCCGCACGGGCAAGUCCUACCUGAUGAACAAGCUGGCUGGGAAGAAAAAGGGCUUCUCUAUGGACUGCACGGUGCAGUCUCACACCAAAGGAAUCUGGCUGUGGUGUGUGCCCCAUCCCAACAAGCCAGACCAUACCCUAGUUCUGCUUGACACCGAAGGCCUGGGAGAUGUAGAGAAGGGAGACAACCAGAAUGACUCCUGGAUCUUUGCCCUGGCCAUCCUCCUGAGCAGCACUUUUGUGUACAACAGCGUGGGAACCAUCAACCAGCAGGCCAUGGACCAACUGCACUUUGUGACAGAGCUGACAUAUCGAAUUCGAGCAAAAUCCUCCCCUGAUAUGAAUAACGGUGAGGAUUCAGUUGAAUUUGUGAGCUUCUUCCCAGACUUUGUGUGGACACUGAGAGAUGUGACCCUGAAGCUGGAGGUGGAUGGACAGCCCCUCACACCAGAUGAGUACCUGGAGAACUCCUUGAAGUUAAAAGAAGGGACAAAUGAAAAAGAUAAAAAUUAUAACCUGCCCAGACUCUGCAUCCACAAGUUCUUCCCAAAGAAGAAAUGCUUUGUCUUCUACCCACCCACUGAGUGGAAGAAACUUAACCAGCUUGAAACACUACAGGAUGAUGAACUGGAUUGUGAUUUUGUGCAACAAGUGGCAAAAUUCUGUUCCUACACCUCCAGCCAUUCCAAGACUAAAACUCUUCCUGGAGGCAUCAAGGUCAAUGGACCUCGUCUACAGAGCCUUGUGCUGACUUAUGUCAGUGCCAUCAACAGUGGGGAUCUGCCCUGCAUGGAGAACGCAGUCCUGGCCUUGGCCCAGACAGAGAACUCAGCCGCAGUGCAAAAGGCCAUUGCCCACUAUGACCAGCAGAUGGAGAAGGUGCAGCUGCCCACAGAGACCCUCCAGGAGCUGCUGGACCUGCACAGUGCCAGUGAGAGGGAGGCCACUGAAAUCUUCAGCAGGAGUUCCUUCAAAGAUCUAGACCACAAAUUUCAAAUGGAAUUAAAGGUAUUUUUUUCUCUCAAGUAUAUAUGGAUUAGUGUCAUGGAAACCAAAGUACUACCAGGAAAUGAAACAAUUGAGGAACCGAGGAAGGGGGCACAGGCUGAUGAGGUUCUGAGGACGUACUUGAGCUCCAAGCAGUCUAUGAUUGAUGCAAUUCUAAAGACAGACGAAGCUCUCACAAUAAAGGAAAGGGAGGCUGAAGUGGAACGUAUAAAAGCUGAAUCUGCAAAGGAGACUUCAAAACGGUUGCAGGAAAUGCAACAGAUAAACAAGCAGAUGAUGGAACAGAGAGAAAAGAGUUAUCAGGAGCAAAUACAACAAUUGAAUGAGAAGAUGGAGAAUGACAGGGCCCAUUUGUUGGCAGAGCAUGAGAGGAAUGUAGCUCAUAAGCUUCAGGAACAAGAACAACAGCUCAAGGAUAAAACUACAGAAGAGAAAAGAAAAUAUCAGAAAGAAAUCCAGGAAAUGGAGAUGAGAAACAGAGAAAUGAACCUAUCAUUGGAAAAGGCAAACACUAAAUCUGCACAGUAUGAAGCCAAAAUAGAGGAAAUGGAAAGCAAGUUUGAACAGAAAGAGAAGAGUCAUCAGGCACGUGUGAAACAACUGAAUGAAAAGAUGGACAGGGAAAAGGCCCAGUUGCAAGAAGAGCAUGAGAGGAAUACAUAUCAUAAACUUAAGAAUCAGGAAAAUAAUUUCAAUGGGAUAAUCAACGAAAUGAAAAAUAAACAUCAGCAAGAAAUAGAGGAUUGGAAAAAGAAAUCUGCUCAGUCAUCAUGUUCCUUGAUGUGAAAAGUCAAAAACACAGAGCAUUCUCCUUGCUGUCUCCACUCAGGGCAUAAAUUUAGUGAGUAACUUCAGAAAUUCUCACAUUUGGAACUAAACUAAGCCCAAAAUAAUAAAGUUUGCAAAGCCUAAGCAUGAAAGCAAUG